AUGACUUUUACAGUGAAAAGGCCGCCGCCCCCCGGCGCCGUGCCCGGCAAGUGGGUGCGGCUCAACGUGGGGGGCACCUGCUUCUUGACCACUCGGCAGACGCUCUGUAGGGACCCCAAGUCCUUCCUGUUCCGCCUCUGCCAGGCCGACCCCGACCUCGACUCGGACAAGGAUGAAACAGGUGCCUAUUUAAUAGACAGAGACCCAACCUACUUUGGGCCAGUGCUGAAUUAUCUCAGACAUGGGAAACUGGUUAUUAACAAGGACCUAGCUGAGGAAGGUGUACUGGAAGAGGCUGAAUUUUACAACAUCACAUCACUAAUAAAACUGGUAAAGGACAAAAUAAGAGAAAGAGACAGCAAAAUUUCACAGGUGCCAGUCAAGCAUGUGUACAGGGUGCUGCAGUGCCAGGAAGAGGAGCUCACUCAGAUGGUCUCCACAAUGUCUGAUGGCUGGAAAUUUGAACAGCUUGUCAGUAUAGGUUCCCAGUAUGGCUGUGGUCGGGCCCAGCAGGCAGAGUAUCUGCUGAUAGUGUCACGGGAAGUGAAAGGGGAAGAGAGAUGCUUCCAGAAAUGCUGCAGUGAGCUGGUUAGUAUUGGUUCUUCCUAUAACUAUGGCAACGAAGAUCAGGCUGAAUUUCUGUGUGUUGUCUCAAAAGAAUUGCAUAACACUCCGUAUGGCACAACCAGUGAACCCAGUGAAAAAGCAAAGAUUUUGCAAGAAAGAGGUUCCAGGAUGUGAAGAUGGUAUUGAAUGCUGAAGAUAUAUUCUCUCUUUUAUUCCAAGAAGCAGUGAAUUGUCACAUUGAAGAGGCUUGGCUGCAAAAGAAAAAAAAUCUGAUUUAGACAAUUUUCUGUUGAUCUGGGUUCAACCAUUUUUGCCUAUAAGCUGGUGUAAACUGGCUGAAAGCAUUGCAAGAUUACUUAGUGGGAAUAGAUGGUGUGAGAGUGUGUGUUAAGUUUUGGUUGUAGUGCAUGGUUGUACUCUUUUAUGGGCUGACUGACAUUGGUCAUUUGAAUAGAAGUGACCAUGCACUCAUAUUUUUCUCUGAGACAUGUAGCACUUAAUGCCUGGUGCUGGAUGACCCAAUGUCGAUCAGUUUGAAGAGUUUUUCUCACUAGUCAUUGUAAACAUUUAAAGGACAAUGUAACUGGUGCUACACACACAUACACACACACACACACAUUACAGGCCACAAAUGCAAAUUUUGGGGCCUAUGUUGUUUUGGAAUCGGUGGCAGCCCCAGGUGACUCUUACACUGCACAUUCCGUAUGGCUCUGUGACAUAUUCUCUCAUGUAACAACAGCAGAACAACCUAGGAGAUCAACUGAAACUAGCACAUAAAAUGUUACACCACAGACAGAAGUGUUUCUUUCUCAAGGAAGGAUGUAUA